AUGAGUACUUCACAGUUCAAUAUACUAGAACUCACCAUCCCAAGCUAUCACGCCGCCCUCAUCCAAGGCAAAACCAGCUGCAGCGAAGUAAUACGCCAAUACCUCGCUCGAAUCACCCAACACGACCCCACCCUCAAGUCACUCAUCAGCAUAAACACCAAAGCCCUGGAUACAGCAAUAAAAAAAGACUCAGAAACUAUUCACCAUCUCCAAAACAAAGUCCCACUACCACCCCUCCACGGAGUCCCAAUCAUCCUAAAGGACAACUAUACAACAUCAAACCUACCCACGAGCGCAGGGACAAAAGCCCUCCAACACCUACACACAAAUCAAGAUAGCGAGGUAGUCACUCACCUCCUAAACGCAGGAGCUAUAAUCCUCGCAAAGGCCAAUCUCCACGAACUAGCCCUACAGGGAACAACAACAUCUUCCCUCGGCCAGACAUUGAAUCCGUACGACCUAUCCCGUACACCAGGCGGUUCAUCCGGCGGAACAGCCGCAGCAUUAGCAGCGAAUCUGGGACUAGUAGGGUGCGGGACUGACACGAUGAACUCACUCCGGUCGCCGGCAUCAGCGUGUGGGAUCGUAGGGUUUCGACCGUCGACGGGGCAGGUUUCUUGUGUGGGGAUUGUACCUGUUUCCGAAACGCAGGAUGUUGCAGGGCCGAUGGGACGAACGGUUGGAGAUGUGAGGAUUUUGUAUGAUGUGAUGAGGAAGAAAAAGAGGCCUGAGUUUGUUUGUGAGAAGCCUCUCAGAGUUGGGGUUUUGGAUGCUUAUUUUGAUCUCGAUCUCGAUGUGGGGUGUUCUCAGGAGGUCAUUGCUGAAAAUAUCAUUGUUCAGCGUGUUGUUCGCAAUGCGCUAGAUGUUGUUCAGGGUGGAUUGGAUAUAAAUCUUGUUCCUGUGGACUGUGAUCCGACAUGGGCUCUGUCUAAUCUGCUUGCCAAUGCAGAUACACAACCUUUUGAAUUUAGAGAUUGUCUCGACGCUUUUCUCCAGUCUCCGUGCAUCUUAUCAACGCCAUAUCGCUCGCUUCAAUCUAUAGCGGAGAGUGGGGAAUUUGACAGAGAAGCAGUGACGGAAGUCUUCUAUGCUGCCCUUCAAGAACCCGAUAUAUACUCGCGCACAACCAAGGAGUACCAGUCUCGCCUUGGAACGAUAACAGCUCUGAAAAAGUCCGUACGGCAAUACUUUCAUAAGUAUAAUAUUGAUGUGAUGGUAUAUCCACACCAGCGACAGUUAGUUGUCAAUGUUGGAGCAACGAGACAGCCGAAUCGCAAUGGUGUGUUGGCUGCUGUAACUGGGAACCCUGCCAUUUGCAUUCCAGCCGGCUUUGGUCCAUCUACUGCAUCGGCGCCUCGGGGUAUUCCUAUUGGGAUAGAAUUGAUGGGUCGACAUGGAUACGAUGAUGACCUGUUGGAUGUGGCAGCACGGUUCGAACAAAUCCUCCGGGCAAGAAAGGCACCACUUUGA